AAACAGGAAAAUUGUUAUUAUAAAUUGUUAUUAUUAACAGAGUCAAUUUAUUUAUUUUAUUCGUUAACCACGUCUGGGUAACAAUUGAUACGUAGUGCAGUUUAGAUUUCGCAGUUUAAUAAGGUUUUCAAUCAUUAUGUAUUUAAAAACUGUAUUAUUUGUAAUUGUUUCAUUUUUUUCUGAUGUCUUAUGUUAUGAUCUUUGUAGCGAAACAAGAAGUUGCAGUUUUGAUAUAAAUUACAGUCCUCAAAACAUUGAACAAAAAUUGGUUACGAAAAAAGUGGGUGAAAACUUUGAAUAUACCUGUUUUGGUGGUAACAAUAAACAGAUCGAGACGAAAUGGUCUCAGUAUAUGAACUAUGGCAAUAAAUUUGUUCUCUGGCAAUUACAUUCAGUAGCGGGUUACAUGUUUACUUAUAAAGGGAAAGUGUACGGGUUUGACAAUAAUACUAUUAUGUCUUGCAUUAAGAAUUAUAAUAUUAUAGAAGACAGAAGAAUAAUAGUGACACCGGCCAAAGACAUGUCGAUUACAAAAGCUAUUAUUUACAAUGAUUCUAUGGUAUAUGACACGAGCUGUACUGGGAAUUAUUGGCUGCAUAUUAAUGAUAAAAAUGAAAUAAUAAAUAAAACAAAAGAUAACAGUUACAAGGCCUCUAAAAAUUUCUCGUAUUCAAUUAAGCUAACGGGGAAUGAUUUUAACACAACAUUGUAUUGUAUAAAAUUUGAAUGUUCUAUGGACAAAACAUUAAACAAGACGUGUAUAAGAAAGAUUAUCAAAACAAUAAUCUUUCAGUAUCAUAAUAACACUAUUCAACACACCGAGAACUUCAACAAAAGCAGUUUGAUAGUGCCUGUUGUUUCUGUAGUAAUUGUAUUAAUAGUUUUGUUUAUAUUUAUGUUAUAUUGGAAAAAGACUUCAAUAAGUCGACGAAAUAAUUCAAACCAAGAAAACCUUUAUGCCACUCCUAAUGUCCAAUACGCUGAACUACAAGCAAUGAAUUCAAUCACCAAUAGACAAGUAAAAAAAGAUGAUUUUCCGUAUUCAGAAAUUAUCGGCAUAUUGGAGCCUAAGAACAAAGCUUCAGAAGUCCACUAUGAAGAGAUACAAAGAAAUAUGGUAUUAAACAAGGAAGAAGACAACAGAAUAUAAAUAUAUUUAAAAAUUUAUUUAUUUGUUACAUUGCAUCUACUGGAUGAGCUUUACAAUCUUCCAAUACGUUCACCCAGGAAAUCAUCAGUACAAUAACAUAUAUAUAAAAAAGGAAUAAUACACAUAAAAAAAUUUAAUUUCUAAAUUUCUGCACACAGACACCUUUUUUUUUUAUACCACUGAGGUGGCAAACAAGCAUACGGCCCUCCUGAUGGUAAGCGGUUACCGUAGCCUAUGAACGCCUGCAAUACCAGAGGUAUUACGCGCGCGUUGCCGACCCUGAAGAAACCUCUUUACCCCCUUUUUGAAGAACCCCAUGCUGUAGUCUCUUGGGAAAACCUCGGCAGGGAGCUCAUUCCAUAACCUGAGUGUUCGUGGGAGAAAGCAUCUCUGAAACCGCGUUGUACGCGACCAUUUAGGCUGUAAGGUAUGAGGGUGAACUCCCUGUCGAUGGCGAGCCGUACGAUGAUAGAAAGUGGCCGUAGGCAUCAUAUUGAAUAAUUCCUCUGAGCACAAUCCGUUGUAUAAGCGGUAGAACACGCAGAGUGAGGCAAAAUCUCUCCUAAGACUUAAGGGUUCGAUACCGCUUGCAAGCAUGGGAUCAUCGACAAUUCUCAUAGCUCGUCGUUGCACUGAGGCGAAGGGUUCAAGCUGGUAUCUAGGUGUGUGACACCUUGUGGUCAUUCGACGAAACUCCAGCAAGUUGAAGGCAAAUACGUCCAAAUGCGGAUAUCAGUUCAAAAUAUCAUUGAGUAGUUUUAAUGUAAGAGAGAGGGGAGCUUGCUUAGCCAAUUCCGUUCUUCUUAAUGGAACAUCAAAUAAUUGCCGUCUACGUGCUCGCACGUAGUUACUGGGCGCUCCUAUUGAUAUUGAUCCCAGUAAAGUUUGGUUAAAUUUUUCCUCUCGUACUAAUUUUAACACAUACUCAAUUAUAUUGAGUUUGCGUCUCACUUCAAAUGUAUUAUAGCUCACCAUACCCAAUAAAAACAUACUCGGAUAUACUCGUAAAUGGGGAUAAAACAGCUUGAAAUCAUACUGUUUUUGGUAUAGCUACCUUACAAAUUUCUUUUGGAUUUUUUCCACCUUAAGUAUAUAUUUAGACUCAUGUGGGUUCCAAAUAAUUUCGUUGCUUUCUAAUUUACUAUAAACAAAAGCAUUAUAUAGCAAUUUAAUAGCUUGUAUGCAAUCCAACUGUUGCGCUUAUCUCAAUACAAAUCCGAGAGUUCAUUGUUUAUAUGUUAGUUACUCAAUACUAUUUUCUUCGAAAAUAUCAUUUCUAAGAAAAUAAUAUUUUCAAAAAUGUAUUUUUAUAAUCAUAUCUAUAUUUUAUUGUAGAAAUUAAAAGUGAUCUCCCUAAAUUAUUUUUAAGUCGUACAAUAUAUUCUAAAACUAUAAUAUGCUAUUGAACUUGAUCGAUCAAACAAAUUUUCACAUUUAUAAUUAAUUUUAUAUUCAUUAUACUUGAUAAUGUUAAUUAUCAAUUAUAAUGAAUAUUUUACAUUUUACACUAAUUUAUAUUUACUUUUGUAUUUUAUUCCAUAAUAAAUGUUUUAACAGUA